CAGUAAAUGGGAUGGCGAGGGUUGUGGGAAUAUCUUUCAGGACACUGGGUUUAAGUUCCAGAGUGUUUCAUAGGCGUCAAGGUGAAAAAUUACAAAGCUUCCAUGUGAACAUCACAACUGUCAGACAGUGCAGAGCUAGUAACUUGGUAGACAAUGAGGAGAAAGCUGUGCUUGAUCGUAUUAUUAGAGUAGAUCAUGCUGGAGAAUAUGGAGCAAAUCGUAUUUAUGCUGGACAGAUGGCCGUAUUGGGCAGAUCUACAGUGGGGCCCAUCAUACAGCACAUGUGGGAUCAAGAAAAAGAGCACUUGAAAAAGUUCAGCGAGUUAAUGGUUUCACAUAGAGUUCGGCCUACUGUACUAAUGCCGUUGUGGAAUGUGGCUGGGUUUGCAUUGGGUGCGGGGACUGCACUUCUUGGUAAGAAAGGGGCUAUGGCAUGUACUGUUGCAGUGGAAGCAUCUAUAUCUGAACAUUUUAACAGUCAGAUCCGAACUCUAAUGGAAAGUGACCCAGAAAAACACAGAGCCCUACUUCAGAUUAUAAAGAAGUGCCGGGAUGACGAGCUGGAGCAUCAUGAUACCGGUUUAGAACAUGAUGCAGAGCUGGCUCCGGGCUACUUCCUGCUGAAGAAUGCCAUACAACUGGGGUGUCGAGCAGCAAUAUUUUUAUCUGAGCGCGUGUAAAAAUGCCAUUGAUUUGAGGACUUUGUUAAAUGAACUAUGAGCUUGAGUUAGUCUGUUUUUUUUAUGCCAGUUUAGAUAGAAUUUUCUCUAUCAAUACGAUCAAAUAACUCAUGCCACUGCAAUUUUCCAUACGGUCACUAGGAGUCAGGAAAGCCUGCUUGAUGCGCAUUUGUUUGUCAGUACUCCCUGCCAAGGCAUCAGGUUUCUAUAAAAGCAAUACUGUGCAGCAUAGGGUAGUAAGACACAUUUAGUUUGUAACAAUGUACAAUAAUAAAGUGUAGUGAGUUCAAGUAUAUAUUAUAAUAUACGUUUUGGACUCAUUAUGCUGAAAGCCGUUAUUCAGGAAGCUCCAAAUUAAGGGAAGGUCAUCUCCCAUAGACUGCACUUUAAUCAAUUCCAAUGUAAAAAAAAUAUUUCCUUUUUCUCUGAAAUAAUAAAACAGAACCCUGUACGUAAUCCCAA